GGUCCAUGUGUAGUAGAGAGCCGGGAAUUUGGAAGCGUACGGUGUGGAUCCUAGGAUCCGUGGACAGAUUGGUCCCGAUCUGCAAACAAAGCUGCAGUGACUUUUGAGGGCGCAGCUGCAUCUUGCCCCACCAAGCUCCACCCCAUGGAGUCUACGUUCAGCAGCCCCGCAGAGGCGGCCCUGCAACGGGAAGCGGGCGUUCCAGGCCAGUUAACCCUUCCUGAAGACCUGGACCGAGUGUAUGAGCUGGAGCGAGUAACGGAAUUUGUCUGCGAUUUAGGAUGCCAGCGGGUGGCCUUGCAGUUCCCUGACCAGUUACUAGGAGAUGCUGGAGCGGUGGCUGCCCGGCUGGAGGAAGUCACAGGAUCUAAGAUGUUCAUUUUAGGGGACACAGCUUAUGGCAGCUGCUGUGUGGAUGUGCUGGGCGCUGAGCAGGCUGGAGCUCAAGCCCUUGUACACUUUGGGCCUGCCUGCUUAAGUCCCCCAGCCUCCCUGCUGCCCAUCAUCUUUGUCCUUGGUCAGCGUCCUGUUGCUUUCGAACUCUGUGCCAAGGCCUUUGAAGCCCAGAACCCAGAUCCCACAGCACCGGUAGUACUGCUGAGUGAGCCAGCUUGUGCCCACGCCCUAGAGCCUUUGGCCACUCUCCUGCGCCCAAAGUACCAAGAUCUGCUCAUCUCCAGCCCAGCUCUUCCCCUGCCAGUGGGGUCCCCGAGCUCACAGCCUGAGUCACUGGAGCGUUUUGGGCGCCGCUUCCCCCUGAACCCAGGGAGAUGUCUGGAAGAAUAUGGUGCCUUCUAUGUGGGAGCUUCUCAAGCAAGCUCUGACCCGAACCUUGAUCCAGAUCUGAGCAGACUGCUUUUGGGGUGGACACCAGGACGGCCCUUCUUUUCCUGUUGUCCAGACACAGGACAGACACAAGACCAGGGUGCCAAGGCUGGGAGACUAAGAGCACGAAGACUGUAUCUUGUAGAGAGGGCCAGAGACGCUCGUGUGGUAGGGCUGCUGGCGGGCACAUUAGGUGUGGCUCAACACCGUGAGGCACUGGCACACUUGCGGAAACUGACUGAAGCUGCUGGAAAACGUAGCUAUGUGUUAGCCCUGGGGAAACCCACACCUGCCAAGCUUGCCAACUUCCCUGAGAUGGAUGUCUUUGUGCUGUUAGCCUGUCCCCUGGGAGCACUAGCCCCACAGCCUUCAGGUGGUUUCUUUCGGCCUGUAUUGACACCGUGUGAAUUGGAGGCUGCUUGCAACCCUGCCUGGCCCCCUCCAGGCCUGGCUCCCCACCUCACACAUUAUGCAGAGCUGUUGCCUGGUUCUCCCUUCCAUGUGCCACUCCCACCACCUGAGUCAGAGUUGUGGGACACCCCAGAUGUGUCACUCAUUUCUGGGGAGCUCCGACCGCCACCUCUUUGGAAGUCAUCAGAUGACACUAGAUGUUCUGCCAUAACUCCAAGGCCCCAGCUGGAGCUGGCUGAGAGCAGCCCUGCAGCUUCAUUCCUUAGUUCCCGGAGUUGGCAGGGGCUGGAGCCCCGUUUGGGCCAGACACCAGUGAAAGAAGCUGUCAGAGGAAGACGAGGUAUUGCCAUUGCCUAUGAGGAUGAGGGAAGCAGCUGAUACCUUUUGAGGCCAGAGUCGUAGAGUGCUAAGUCUGCUGGCACCUGUUCUCCCCAAGCCAACUUCUCAUCCUCUCACAGGAUACUUGAUGCCUACACAGAGGGAAUGUAGGUAGCUCCUCCUGAGGAGGAGCCUGUAGCCUGUGCUGCACUGGCUCAGCAUCAGUGCAGUAAAUGCCUGUUUGACUGGUGGGGUGGGGGGCGCAGGGAGAGGUCCCAGGGCUGACCCCAGUUCCUGGUAUGCAGGAGUAGUUCUGCUCUUGGUCAGGGGCAGGAGUUGAAUGAUCCAGACCAGAGUUCUUCCACGUCAGCAAUGUUGACAGUUUGGACAGAGUAAUUCUUUACUUCAGAUUCUGCAUAGAAAAGGAUGUUUAGGUUCAGCUGACAGAAGCACCUCCCUUCCUCCCCCACUGAACUCAGAUAACCUAGAUUAUCUCUAGAUGUCGGCAGAUGUCAUGUAACUGCUCCUAGUUGUGAGAGACAUGCACUGUCCAAGACAGCAUUCAUUGGACACAUAGCUUUUGCCAUCUGAAGUGGAUGAAAAACUUUCUUGGUUACACUAAUUAUAUCUGAAGUACUCACAUGGCUGCUUGUGGGACUUUAGAGGACAAUUACACUGUGGCACAAAGUUCUAUUGGACAGUGAUGGGCUACAUUGACUCAGACUUGUUUCUCGGGGACACCAAAGAAACUGAAAUAAACAAAAUAAUUUUUCU